AUGGACUCUCGCAAACCUGUCGAAAAUGCAGACUCGAUAGUCAUCCCGGCGAUCUGGUCCAUGGCGGGGAUCAUGACAGCGUUCUUUUGCUCGAAGAUCUACACUCGCAUCACACGAAGUGGACAAACAUGGUGGGACGACUAUCUCUUGAUCAUCGGCUGGAUCCUUCUUAUCGCUGCCGGAUCAACACUCACUGUUGCUCUCAAGAACGGGCAUCUCAUAUCAGACAGUGAAGAGGCACCGACUGUCAGUGCCUUGGUCCGCCUGUCACACACAUUUCAUCUAUUAGCGCUGGCUUUAUCUAAGACCUCUUUUGCCGUCUCCUUACUACGCUUCUCGUCCAGGGUCGAGAAAGUGCUUAUCUGGCUCGUUGUCGGAUCAAUCAACUUGCUCUCCAUCUACCACGUGUUUGCGCAAUGGAGGGCUCUCUGCGGUGACACAGUUCCGUACGUUCUUCCAGGUUCAUGCUGGGAAGCCCACGACCUGGGCAUCGUGAACAUUACAGGUUCAGGUUUUUCAGCGGCAACAGAUUUUCUCCUUGGCCUGCUUCCAUGGCGAGUCAUUUGGAAUACCAACCUAGAGAAGAAGAAGAUAAUUGGUGUCGGUGUUGCUAUGAGCUUUGAGAUAUUCGGGUGUGCUUUUGGUGUCAUGAAGACAGUUCAGGCUAUCAGAAUCCUCAACCCACUGGAACUAGAGUUUAAUUGGCACCUCAUGCUGUACUGGAUAUUCUCUCUCGCCGAGCCAUGCUCGACCAUCAUCGCAGCCUCGAUACCUAUACUUCGUGUCCUCGUCGGGGAGAUAGCUUUGGGUACAAGAUAUGGAUCAACCCCGACAGUACUUGGGUACGUUCGCUCUGAUGGCAACCGAUUCUUGACCCAACCUCGACCCGAAUCACGAAGGAACUCCGACUCUCGCCAUCAAACUUUCCUUGACGACACCGCAAGCGAAAGCAGCAUCCUAGAUGGCCGGCAUGGCCACCGUGGCGGGGGUAUCACGCUAAAGACGGAGGUCUCAGUCGAAUUUGAUCGUAAACCCGAUCACCAGCCAAGGCUAGAGAUGUUUGAGCUACGUCCAGGGGUUUCACGGUCGAAUUCAGUGAAGGUGAAGGGAAAAGACCCAGUGGUUUUGUCUAGUCCACCACUGCCGCAGUUCCUAAUGAAUGAAUAA